AUGGCUCCCAGCCAAAUCACCGAAGAUUAUUACAAAGUUCUCGGCAUACCCCAGUCGGCAGGGAGUGAUGCGAUACGAACCAGCUAUAGAAAGCUUGCCUUGAAAUAUCAUCCAGAUCGGAAUCCAAACAAUCCUCAAGCAACAGCUCAGUUUCAGCUGCUCGAGGCCGCAUACUCUACCCUAUUUGAUCCCGAACGGCGGCGACUCUACGAUAUACAGUAUGAAUCCAUCAAGCGGAAUUCAGCAAAGCCAGACGCAAGCCAAAACCCACCGCCACCGCAAGCGAGUAACAAAAAACCCGACCAGUCAUAUAAGAUACAGAUGGAAAAGCUAGAGGCGACGAUACAACAACUGCGAAAUAGAAAGGAUGAACUUGCAAGACAAUUGGCCAAAGCAAGAGAUGAGCUACAAGCGCAGGCGGAUAUGGACGCAGAGGAAGAGGCCAGCAGGAACAGUUGGUAUGGUUAUUUCUUCGCCAAAAGUCAAUCAGCGGAAGAGAAACUAGCAAGGCAGCGGCGUAUGGUGGACAAUAGAGCCGCUCGAACUGUGCGAGAAGCAGAACUGAAGCGUCUCACGAGCCGUGUUGCCACUGCUCAGUCCCUGGUCGAGGACAUCCAAAGGCGGGUGCAGGAGAAAGUCAGCGAAAGGCACAGAUUGCAAAUGCAGGAGACGAGACGGCAGCAAGACGCUCGAUUGGCAGAAUUGAGGCGACAACAAGCGAUGCAAAGAGAAAGAGAAGAAAGGGCACGAGAAGAGGCAGAAAGAAGACAAAGAGAGGAAUGGGCCGAACGAGUUCGAAAGGCGCAGGAGGCUGAACGAGUAUGGAAGGCGGAAGAGGCUGAACGACGAAAGGCACAAGAAGCCGAGAGACUACGAAGAGCAGAAGAAGCCAAAAAACAUGACGAGUUCUUGUGGCAAUUUUUGGAAGAUCUGCCAACGGAGUACUCCAAUACAAGAGAGACAUUUCAACCUGCAAAGCAGACAAAGACUGGCAGCGAAAGAUCCCAAAGAGGGAAAAGGUCUAGAGCAGGUAACACAAUGGGCGGACAGUGGGGGGAAGCAUCAGACAUCAGAGACUCUCUCUGUCUGCACAGGUCCUGGUGGGAAAAAGAGGAUGGACGCCACGAAUGCGAGCGAUGUCUGGACACGACACGCCGUUUUGCAUUUCGUUGCCCGAGCUGCCGUAUGGUUGCCUGUGCUGAUUGCCGUAACAUCUUGAAGAGACGAUUGUAG